AUCUCAUCAUCCUCAUGCGCUUUGCAUUUCCGCAAGACUUACAAAAAAUCAAAGAGCGUUUGCAUACCCGGCUCUACCUGAACGUGUCUUUGAUAUUCGAAGAUGUCUGCAACGACAAAAAUUGCCGUCCAUUCUCUAGCAGACCUCAAGAACACCACCGAUGAUGCUCUCCCGGUCUAUCUCACACACUCCCCUAUCCACUUCACUCAAACACACACAAAGUCAGAUGUCCGUCUAGUCCUAGGCUACGUCGCCGUUUUAAUCGCCGGCGCUCUCUUCUGGCUCGACUGGAAACAAGGUUGGACAGUUUCCAAACCGUACACCCUCCCGGCCGUCCUCGUAUACUUCACCCUCAACUCCGCAUUCACAUACUGGAUAUGGGCAGUCGAGAAGGGACUCAUCUUCGAAGGCGUCGCGAAGACGGGUGAAAAGAUCUCCAUAGCGUCAUCCACGAAAAAACACACCCCAAUCUACAACCUCACCGUCACAAUAACCCCCAAAUCCGGCAAGCCGACGUGCUUGACCCCAGCUGCGCCCUUCUCGCAGUGGUUCACCGCAGAUGGCUAUUUUAUCGCCAAGCCGUUCCAGCAAUGGCUAUGCGCGUCCAUCCCGCUCGUCGGCGCACAGGACCCGAACAACGUAGUGGAAGACAUUGGACGAGGCAGUGUGAUCGAGGACGCGGGCGCGAGCGGCGUGAAGACUCCGGGUGGUAGAGUGCGGAGAAAGGCGUGAUAGAAAAAUAUGUGUGCGUGCUCUCUUGCGAAGGGCCAAGUCAAUUCGCGGGAGCCAGCCGAUUUGUGCAAGAGACACUGUGUAGCUUCAAUUGAGGGCUUGUCUAGAGCACAAAUAACAUAUGUUAUGCGUCGCGUCAUAAUAGCAUUGGCUUCUACUAAUGUGGAAAAGGUGCAAAUUACGUAUUUUCCGCACUGCAGCUUUGCGUUAGUAUCAGAACUCACUCACGCAUAAGGCUACAUAAAGCCGCGCUAUUCGAUGGAGAUAAAUUGCAGGCGUACGGGGCGGAAAGAAUGAGGAUGGAAUUCUGUGGUCAGACUAGAAACGUUCUUAUAUGCUAGAUUCGCUAUCAAGGCAAUAUAUACAUCAAGAGAAGUAGGUGUG